AUGACAACCCUAGAACCCCUCAAACAACCCAUCGCCAUCCGCCCAGACCUAAUCGCCACAGCCCCAACAACCCUCAUCGUCCACCCACACAGCAUAAGCUUCUCCGGCAGCGACUUUACCAUUUCAGUCCUCAACAAUGCCAACCAACCUGGAGCCUCCUCCUCAUCCUCCUCCCAAUCAGCCACGGAACCGACAAAAAUCUUCUUCGUCGACGGCAAAACCUUCUCCUGGAGCAACAAGAUGAGCUUCCUCGACGCCUCAGGCCCGGCCUUCGAACUCCAUCGUAAAAAGGCCGGCGUGACGUGGUUCGUUAGUUUGCCGAAUACGAGUGAUAAGAGUAUUGCUACGAUUGCGCCGCAGGGACAUCUGUUGAAGGAUAAGUUUGAUGUUUAUAUUCGCAAUGUGGCGGAUGGGGGUGCGGAGGUUAAGCUUGAGGUGAGGGGGAAUGAUAUUUGGAAGUAUAGGACGAGUGUGUAUUAUGGGGGAUCGCUUGUGAUGAUGAUUAAAGUUAAGAGGUAUUAUCUUGUUUAUGUGGGCAUGGGGAAAAGGCCCGAGUGGGAGGUUAAUGUUACGCAGGGGUUCGAUUUGUCGCUGGCUUCUAUCAUUGGAGUUCUUCUGGUCCAUGUGUUGUAUAAGCCGAGUUAUCAAUCGUCUUAUAGACCUGCCGAGUCGAGCUCAAGCCGGGAUGUCGAUGCAAAAGACCCAGUGAAAUCAUGA